UUUCAAGAUAAUCACUAGAUUGAUAAUUUGAUAACCGUUAAGCUCGCUGCGUUUCAGAGAGGGAGGAGAGAUGAUAUGUCACGGUCACGGUGGUGGUGCUAUGGUAGUGCUUUGCAGGCCUGUAUUGAAGAGGCCUAUGUGCUUGUCCUCCAACACAGACCAGCUUCGCACCGAACUCGAUCAGCUUCAUGCUGAAGCCGAAAGCACCAGAGCCAAAGCAAAUAGUGCAAGAUUGAGACUUAUGAGAUUAUCAGAGGCAGCAGAGAAACUAAAACGACAGGCUGCUGUUAGUGUUAUUUCUGGAAAAGAAAAUGAUGCAAGAGAAUUGCUUUUUCAAAAGAAGAAAGUUAUGCAGGCUAUUGGAAAGUCAAAAAACCGAAUUGAGUUGCUUGAUCAGCUCUCCUCUAAGCUUAAUCAGGUAAUUUCUGUAAAAGAAAACCAGCUAAUAGGGAAUGUGGAUUUCGAUGUUGAAGUUGAGACGAAAGAUGAUUCGAAUCCGGUUCGAAUUGUAUCUCCUAAGCUGGGUGUUACAGACUUCAGCUCUGAUGAUGGCCUGAAAUUUAGUGAUGGUCAAGACUUACAAUUAUGCUCCAAUGGAGAAACAAACCCGCCGGUUGAUGAGGAAGGGGGAUUCCUCGGCCUGGACAUCUGUAAUGAUUCUAAUGAAGAGAGCAUAAUCAGGGGUUUGAAGGAUGUAUCAUCGUAUGAGGACUUCUUGGAACAUUUGGAUGUAAAGCUUAAUAAAAUUGAAUCAGAGCUUGUCACCAUUUUGAAUGUCUCAGCCUUGGUACUGAAUGAUAAUGAGAAGCCUAAUAAUUUUAAUGUGCAGCAAACGAUAGAGCUUCUUGAGAGUGUCCGUGCUAUUCGGCAGAAAAUCUCAGGGAUAAUGCAGAAGAAGGUGGAGAUCAGUUGACGUUUCCUUGUAUCAGUCUUUUUUCCUCUGGCAGUUUCUAGGGUAAACUGAGGGCAAAUCUGCGAACCAGCAUCUGCAUGAAGCUCCCUGGACUCUUACAAGGUCAUUCAUUAAUGUAACCUUGACGGUUUGCCGCUGUGAAUGCUUAGCAAUAUUUUAGGUGACAAAAUUGAAGAAAUCUGUUGGUGAGUUGAUGAUUGCAUUAGGAUGGUGCACUUUAUUUUCUUUCAUAGUGUCCACAAUUUGCAACUCAAAUAAUUCCUUCGUAACUAAUGUGCUAUAGAGUGUAGCAAAGCAUGCACUGGUGAAUCUGGAGGUUUAAAAGGUCAUGUAAAUGAAUGUACCCUUAAAUUGAGGGGAUGAAAAUGCACCCUUCUGAGACAGUUGCUGCUCACCUAUUAACCAGAGCAAUCAACAUUCGACA